AUGUCUAAUGUACUGACAUUCUUCUGCAACAGGCCUCAGUUGAUGUUUUGGAAGCUUGGUGCCUUAGAUUUGUUUGGUUCGAAUUCCUGGAAACGAAGCGUCAAUCCCCAUAUGAAUGGCGCUUUUGGCGGUAAAUACCUAGAACCUGGGAUCCAGCUUGCGCAUCACGACAAGGUCACCGAAGACGACAAGUCGAAGUUUAUACAAGAAUCAAAUACGUUCAUUGCCCAAGAAGACGUGAAGGCUGCCGAUUUUAUCGAAUGGCCUAACCUGUUGCCUGACGGGAGCAAGAUAUCAAACCGAGUCCGGAGUUUGGAACCUAUGGCCUCUUGCCCGCUUUCUAACGGAGGAGGAUCGUAUAUAUUGAAAUACAAAAAGACGGAAGCCGGAAAAGAAAUCGGUGGCUGCACUAAGCUCCGCAUCCUCUCCGUUGGCGACUCUAUCACCGUCGGUCUCAUGAGCGAACAGAAGGGAGGUGAUGGCGACGGAUACCGGAGGCAACUAAGAGACAAUUUGUCAAAAACGAUUGGUACUAUGGACGACGGCUACUUUGUGAGUUCAAGCCCGGGGGUUAUAUCCAAGCACUUAGCUAAUGCAACUGUUGUGGGAAUAGGCAGCUUGUACAUCUCGGACAAUGUUGGGUCCUCGCUAGAGCACCGCCCAAAUGUCAUUCUCCUAGCGGCAGGGACCAAGGAUAUGCACCCCAAGGGUAGCACCUCUACUGAAGGAAACGACCCCAAGCAGGCUUCCGAACGGCUGGGCAAGUUGAUUGAUAAGAUGAUCAAGACAUGCCCCGACGCGACCAUUCUUGUCGCGAUGAUCAUCAACACCUGCAACGACGAUCAAUCACCCCGCACCAAGGAGUUCCAAUGGCUGAUCCCGGAGGUGGUCAAGUCACGCAAGGGCGAUGGGAAACACGUGCUUGCCGUCGACUUUACGUCGUUCUCGUUCUCGUUCUCAACGAGCGAUCUCCAAGACUGCAUCCACCCGACGAACAACGGCUUCAUCAGCCAGAUCCCCAAGGGUUUGAUCAAAGAUCCCGAGGGAUCCGAUCCGAGCCGUGACGAUGGUGCCGGUGGUGCGAACAGUGGCAUCGACAAGAACAUACCCGCACCCAAUUGGGGCAAAAGCCCCAUCCAGGUCACAUCCAAAAAGACUGUUGCAAAUACGAUCGACUGGGCGACGGGCGGUCAGAAGAGGAGCGCCUCGUGCCCGGACAAUCCCCAGUGGAAAGGGGCUGGCCAAAUUGCUAUCGGUAGCAUAGGCCACAACGGUGACUGGAAGUACAAGAAAAAUUGGGUAGAGCAAGGGGAGGUUGCUUCUGGUCUGGGCUGGGAGAACCGCUACGUCCGGUUGCAUGAUAUGAAUGGUGAUGGAAAAGUGGACUAUGUCUUCGUAGAUCCUAACAAUGGAGAGAUUCGAUGCUGGCUCAAUAAUCUCCCCAAGCCUUGGUCACCAGCCGGAAAUAACAACAGUAUCAUUGGUAGUGGCGCAGGGCCAUCAAAGACAGUAUACCUUGCUAUGGACGACUACAUGGUCGUCAAUGAGAAAGACGGAUCGGUACGAAUUUGGUGGAACUACGGCCCGGACGACAAGUGGGGCAACAGAUGGAAGUUUGUCGAUGGCGGUCAAAUUGCGUCGGGUGUGCCCCAUGCCAACCUCAAGACCUUGCGCUUCCCGGACAUCAACAGCGAUGGCAGGGCCGACUAUGAUCACCGAGGACAAGAUGUACUCUUUGAGGCCAUUGGUGGCAUUGCUACAGGAGCUGUUAGUGACAUUUCGAAAUUGGUAUUUGCCGUUAUGAAUGGCGAUAGACGCGAUGGUAUGAACUUACUCUUCACCCCGGACCCCCGUUAUAUGUUUUACUGUGACUAUCGCGCUCGAGAUUAUUUAAUCUGGGGCAACGACGGCGGCCUCACCGGUUUCCUUAACAAGCAAACCAAAAGGGAGUGCGUUCCCAUCUAUGUGAACCAAGGCCCAGCAAAGACCAUUGCUAAUGGAAUCCACAAAAAGCCCAGCGAGAUCCGCCUGGCAUACAUGGAUGGCGAUGGAAAGGAUGAUUACGUUUUCAUCGGAGAUCAUGGCGCUCUUUUUGUCUGGUACAACCGUGGAAGCGCGGAGGAUAACAUCAGGCGAGAUUGCAUCCACUUUGCCGACGUGGACGGCGACGGCCUUGAUGACUAUGUGCGGCAUGAUCCCAAGUCGGGCAGCCCGAUAGUGUUUGAUGGAUACGAUGACUACCUCGACCUAGAUCCCCAGACUAGUGCACUCAAAGCCUACCUAAACAAGGGCGAGGACAAGGGAACUGAAAUAUACGGCUGGAGGUUUGAACUAAUUGGAGAAAUUGCUCCUGGCCCUGGACCGGGACAUAGAGUUCGAAUUGCUGAUAUCGAUGGCGACGGGCGAGACGACUACAUUUAUCUCAAAGACAAUGGCGAUACAACAAUAUACCGGAAUAUAUACAGCGCUGGCAACAAGGGAAACAAGUAUGAGCCACUCCCUGACGCAGAUGCGUCCGGUAUUGGCCAAUCUCUUGGUGAGAUUCAGCUAGUCGAUAUCAACGGCGAUGGCAAAGCCGAUUAUGUCUGGAGCCGAAAGUUGGACGGCCGAGUCCAUGUCUGGUUCAACGACUACCCCAAGAAGCCUACCUGGCGAGACGGCGGUGAGGUCGCAGAGGGUUACGGCACAUCGUACGCCAAGCUGACGACAAGCGGCCGUGCGGACUAUGUGGCCAUCGACCCCGAGCAAGGAUCCAUUGCCGCGUGGGUGAACGGCUUUGCCAACCCAGACGUCAACCUCGACACACCAGACCCAUCCAAGAACGAGAAGAUGUGCUACAACUCGGGUCAAACAUCCUCGUAUGGAAAGAUCGAGGCUGCCGCGGAGUCAUUCUGCCGGAACCUUGGCGAUGACAGAAGGGAAGCAAAGAAGACACCUCCCGGGAACUACCACUUUAUCAUCGCGUUUGAAGUGUUUGAAGGCUGCAAGUGGACAUUCUCGCAUACCGAGUGUAUGCGAUACUUUAAAGUGCCCAUGGACAGUUGCAACUGCUCUGAACAGGGCGAUAAGCAGGGAGGUACAGUGAAGAAUAACUGUAUAUAUGCUCGGAUCGACCCCAACUAUGGGAUCUAG